ACCUCGCUCUGGUCACACUGGGGCUUUUGAUUAGAAAAAACUGACUAAACGUGAGCCGUCUAGCGCAACAGCAGCAGCUCUCUUCCCCCACAAAACACACACACUCAGCUUUUGGAGCCACCCGCAACCCGCGACCAAUAACCACAAGAACCAAGCAGGAUGUUCAUCUGGGACUGGUUCACCGGAGUGCUGGGAUACCUGGGUCUGUGGAAAAAGUCUGGCAAAUUAUUGUUCCUGGGCCUUGAUAAUGCUGGCAAAACCACACUAUUGCAUAUGCUCAAAGAUGAUAAGCUGGCGCAGCAUGUGCCCACACUGCAUCCAACAUCCGAGGAGCUGUCCAUCGGCAACAUGCGCUUCACUACAUUCGACUUGGGUGGCCACACUCAGGCACGACGCGUCUGGAAGGACUACUUCCCCGCCGUGGAUGCCAUCGUGUUCUUAAUAGACGCCUGGGACCGCGGCCGCUUCCAGGAGAGCAAAAACGAACUGGAUUCGCUGCUCACGGAUGAGGCGCUCUCCAACUGCCCCGUGCUUAUAUUGGGCAACAAAAUCGAUAAGCCCGCCGCGGCCAGCGAAGAUGAGCUGAGAAAUGUGUUUGGACUGUAUCAGCUGACGACCGGCAAGGGCAAGGUUGCUCGCGCCGAUUUGCCCGGCCGCCCGUUGGAAUUGUUCAUGUGUUCCGUGCUGAAGCGACAGGGCUACGGCGAAGGUUUCCGUUGGUUAGCGCAGUAUAUCGAUUAAGUCAGAUUUAACAAACAACCACAACACCAACCACAAUUCAACACUCAACCCAGAUAACUUGGCUAAAAACAAAAUGCAAAUAUCCACAUCAGACCGCAACAAAACAGAACAGAACCGAAAGGAAAUGAACAUUAAAACCCAACCCAAACCGUCAGACCUUAAGCAAAACGAAGCUGCGUGCGCAAUGUCUAAUUUAUACAAAACAAUUACAAAUAUUUCAUAAUUAUAAUAAAAACAACAAAAGAAAAAGAUGUACAUCUGUAAUUAUACGACAGUCUGAAAUCCAGCCACACCGCAAAAAAACACAACAUCAAAGUGCAAAGUGCAAACAACUUUUCUAUCUAGACCAUCGCAGGAGAAGAGAGUGUGGAUGCCAGAAGGAUCGAAUGAGUGCGCAGGGGAGAACUUUUAAUAAUAAUUAUGAAUAACAAAUUGUAGCAAAUUAAAGGUGAUUUAUUUAAGAGCAUGUGCUUUCAACGACGCUGUUCCGUAAAAAAAAUGUAGUUCCCCACCUUUUAUUUAACCCAUUCUGAAUUGUACAUUUCACGAUUUAUUUCUGUUAGUUUUUAGUUCGGCGGCAAAAAUUAUAUACAAACACCUUCCAUGUCGAACUUUCAUCCCCUUUCCGAUAAUGGUACAUAAAUUUUAAUUUAGCUAAAAUUGCUUAAGUUGCAUGUCAUGUCGAUGUACUUUGUUUCUUUUUUAUACAAUACGAAAAACGGGAAAACCAUUCAUAUAAAAUCGAAUUUUUGUUUGCAAAAAAGAUUCUAAAUAAAGCGGAGAAAAGUAAUUUUGUAAAAUACAAA